AUGAUUAAAAGAGCCCUCUUCACGGAGAACGAGGAAUACAACCAGGCAGAGGUGCUUCUUUUUUGCAUCGCCUCAUCCAUAAUUUGGGUCAUGGUGCCCGGUUUGGCAUUUCUAUAUUCUGGUUUGUCCAGAAGAAAAUCGGCUCUUUCGGCCAUCUGGGUCGUCAUCAUGUCCUCAUUUAUCGGCUGCUUUACAUGGUAUUUUUGGGGCUACUCUUUGGCAUUUUCCACCUCAAACAACAACUUCAUUGGCGACUUGAGAGCCUUUGGUCUUAAACACAUUGUCGGCAAAGAAAAUGCUGACUCCACAUAUCCGGAAAUUGGCUGGGUGCUUUUCCAACUACAAUUUUUGCUUGUCACAUUGGCCAUUUUAGCUGGUGCUUGUAUUGCUGAAAGAGGCCGUUUCUUGCCAACCAUUGUGUUCUUUUUUUUGUGGUCCACAAUCGUCUACAGUCCGGUUGUUUACUGGAUUUGGGGCGGCGGCUGGGCCCUGACAUGGAAUGGAGGAGCUUUGGAUUACGCUGGUGGUGGGCCUGUGGAAAUUCUUUCGGGUGUUUCCGCUUUUGUCUACUCGGCCUUUUUGGGCAGAAGAAACCAGGAUCUCAUGAUCAACUACAGACCCCACAAUAUCUCCACCAUCUUCUUGGGUACCUCAAUGUUGUACUUUGGUUGGUUGUUUUUCAAUGGUUUCUCAGCAGGCAAUGUAUCUGUCAAGGUGCCAUACGCAAUGCUCAAUACCCACUUAUGCGGAGCCUUCGGUGCUCUUUCCUGGUGUCUUUUGGAUUUCCGUCUUGAGAAAAAAUGGUCCAUGGUGGCUGCUUGUUCUGGUUGCAUUUCCGGUCUUGUCGCCGCUACUCCAUCCUCAGGAUGUAUCCCAUUGUGGGCCUCUGUCAUUUUGGGCAUCACCGCUGGUGUAGUCUGUAACUUGUCUACUCAGCUCAAGUACCUUUGCCGUGUUGACGACUCUCUUGAUGUGAUGGCAGAGCACGGUAUCGCUGGUAUGGUUGGUCUCAUUUUCAAUGGACUUUUCGGAUCCAAGACCGUCAUUGGCUACGACAAUGUAACUGACCAUUUGGGAGGCUGGCUUGACCAUAACUGGAAGCAGUUGUACAUUCAAAUUGUGUACAUUUUGGCCACCACUGCCUACUCUGGUGGUGUCACUGCCGUCUUGUGCUUCGUCAUUGACAACAUUCCUGGUCUCCAUUUGAGAGCCGACUACGCUGCCGAGGAGCAGGGUAUUGACGAAGACCAAAUCGGAGAAUUUGCAUACGACUACGUUGAAGUCAGAAGAGACUUUUUGGACUGGGGUCUGCCUUCCACGCCGAAAGAGCAUAUUUCGCAGCCAAUAGAAGAAGUGGUGGGCGUGGAACCAGAGGAGAUCUACGACAGAGUGGAUCACGAGACCCUGAGCGGGGUUAUCUCGAGCAAUGAGGAUUCUCAAAUAAAUGAGAAGGAAGACCUUCCGAGAGCGAAGGAGGAUUAA